AAACCUCAACACUUGUUCUGAUCAGCUGGAACAAUAACAACAAUAACACAGUCGGUUUGGCGCUCAGAUUAUAACUUUUAUGGAUGGAUUUCAGUCAAGAGAUGACUUGUGUCAGAAGGUGCUGAUAGUAGCAUAUCAAGCCAUUGGACUUGAAUUCUGCCACAAAAGACAAUUUAGGGGACUAGAGCACCCCGGUUGUGUGUGCCAUGUCAGAGGCACUCAUAUCAGGUCAGACGUCGGAGGAUCUUUUGGCAGACUUUGAGUCUCUUUUGAAUGCUGGGAGUAUUGACCUAUCAGAGAACCACCAGAUAGUCAUAAUUUCCACCCCCAGCAAUGUGGGCUUAAACUCAGUUGUCCCCAGCAACACUGGAGAGAUCCUCCUGUUCGCUACCCCCCAAGGCCCUGCGGAUGUGGUCCAGGACCAGCGGCGGCCAACUCUGGGACGACCUCCGGUGAAGAGGAAGCUGGACUUGGACAGUGAUCACCAGUAUGUCAGCACCUCUCGCCCACCCUCUCUUGGGAGGGCCCCAACGUCCACACCAGCACCACCCAGAGUUCCAAAGCCUUCGACGGAGAAGUCUCGCUAUGACACAUCUUUGAACCUGACCACCAAGCGCUUCUUGGACUUGCUAGCCCAGUCUCCUGACGGGGUGGUGGACCUCAACUGGGCCUCACAGGUCCUGGAAGUGCAGAAGAGACGCAUCUAUGACAUCACCAAUGUUUUGGAGGGUAUCCAGCUCAUCUCCAAGAAAUCAAAGAACAACAUACAAUGGCUGGGGAACCGCAUUGAUGGAGCAUCUGUUUCCCGUUACCAGGACCUACAGAAAGAGGUCUCUGAUUUGACACAGGCGGAGGAGAAACUGGAUGAGCUCAUUACCAAGUGUAACCUCCAGCUCAGACUCCUCACUGAGGAUACCCAGAACAAGAAGCUGGGUUAUUUGAUGUGCCAGGAUCUACGGAAGUCUUUUGACUCUCCUGACCAGCUGGUGAUGGUCAUCAGAGCCCCUCCAGAGACCCAGAUGCAAGUCUCAGAGCCCAGUGAGGGCUAUCAGGUCUCCCUGAAGAGCACCCAGGGUCCCAUUGAUGUCUUCCUGUGUCCAGAGGACAUUUCUGGUGUCUGCAGCCCAGUGACAGGCAUCAGCCCUUCUAAAGCCACAUACCAGAUAAUGCCCCAGCCUGCAGAACAACCACAGUGCAGUUCCACACAGGAAAUGACAUCGUCAACAGCUGCGUCCCAACAGAACUCCUCUCCACUGCCAUUGUUUCGUGAAGCGGGAGCAGUCCUGGAAUGUGACCCGUUCCCCAACUUGGGAGUGCUGCCAGAAUUUGACCUUUCACCCUUGUCAUCCUCUGACUUCCUCAGUGUGGAGGGCCUUGGUAACCCACUGGAUGGGUUCAUCAACCUGUCCCCUCCACAAAGCCACAGCUACCACUUUGGUCUAGAGGAGCAUGAGGGCAUCACUGAACUGUUUGACUCUGACUUUGGAGACUUCACCCCACUAGAGUUGGGGUGGAGAGAAACACCCACAGAACAAGAAUGAGGUUGUAUCUCUAUGGAAACACCCAAUACACACCCAUUUCCCCUCUCAGAAAAGUAUUCCCAUGUGGCUAAAAUACAGAAUUGUACAGCACAGACAGUAAUGGACCAUGUACAGCACAGACAGUAAUGGCACUUAAGUCGUCUAGCAAAAGAGGUUAGCUUUAGAUGGCUAUUUAAUUUAUUUCUAUACAGAUAAUGUUUUUGUACCAAUAAUGUUUUGUUUGUUUUUUUCCCCCUUAAGUGGCUUGAGAAGGUGUACUUGUGGGAAAUGGACUUAUCAGCUUGGAAGCUAAUACUGAAUUUGUUAUAUUAAGUAGGCAUUUUUGCCAUAGUCUCAGGUGUAAGGAAGAGUCAGACUUUUCUGCUAAGUGUUGGGUUUCAGAUGCAUUUUAAGAAGUCUUACAGUAUGUUGGCCAAUGGUAAUGGCAGGAUAUAGCCUAUGUAGGUUAAGAGACCUUUUAUAGAUGAAGUUUGGGAUGGGGGUUGGGAUGUCAUGCCUUAAAGCAGUGGUUCUCAAUCCUGGUCCUGGGGACCCA